AUGGUGUUGGAAGGAAGGGGGAGUGGUCUGAAUUUAGAUGACAACCUUUUGCUUGCUUUGAAUGGGCUAUGGAAAUCUAAAACUCCUAGUAAGGUUCUUAUUUUUGGAUGGAGAUUGCUUUUGAAUAGAAUUCCAACAAAGGUAAAUUUGGCUCUUAGGAAGAUUUUGGUGGAUCCGCUUCUUGUUUGUUGUCCUCUUUGUGGCUUGGAGGAGGAGGAUGUGGAACAUCUCUUUGUUCGUUGUUCGGUUACUUCUCUUUGGUGGACGAAAUUUUGCGAUUGGCUUGACAUUGACGGAGCGCUUUUUCGGGUAGCUUUUCGGGUUGGCUUUUUGUUGGGGGUGUGGCUUUGUAGGAAUGAGAUUGUUUUUAGAGAGGUUUUGUUAGAUAGUUUUGAUACCAUGGGAUUGAUUAAAUUCUUGUCUUGGGAAUUGUUUCUCUCUUCCUUCCAAGUUAGAGAUACGGCUCUUUGGGUGAAUUGGUGUGUUCAUCCGGUGUUGUGUUUUUGA